AUGGAUAUAAAAAUAAUAAUAUUGAUGAUGAGAAUUAUAAUAAUGAUAAUAAUAGUAACAAGAAAAAAAAAAAGUUUAGAAAGGCUGUGUAAAAGAUUAGGGAGGUUUCUCUGGAUAAGACUGGAGAAGUCUGGAAAAAAAUUUUGGAGAAGUCUGGAGAAAACUGGAGAAAACUGGAUAACUAGAAUAGUCUGGAUAAGCCUAGAGAAGUCUAAAAAUAUCCUGGAGAAAACUGGAGAAUUCUGGAGAAAAUUCUGGAUAAGACUGGAAAAGUCUGGAUAA